AUGGCUGACAUCGAAAUCCCCGCCGGUCCGGCUCCUAUGGAAGUCGUUGAUGAGCAAGGCCCAGGCCUUUCAAAUCCCUCAGGAAAAGCCAAGGGCCGGCACCGCGUGCUCUGUGGUGUGCAACGAAUGUCGUCCACGCCUUCGUUGGCGAGGAGUGGCCGCACUAGAUCACACAGCAAUCCUCAACGUCCGAGGGGGAACGUUUCCUGCGUGAGCUUGGCAGGACCCUCAACCGCGGGGACCUCGUUCACUGGCGACUCUUAUUUCCCCGCAGGCGCAACAGCAUCAGGCUAUGCCAGUGCCUCAUCUUCCGUUCCAGGAACACCAUCUAGCGAAAUCAUCCAGUUCGUAGGCAUUGAUGGCCGACUUGCUAUUCGCCGGGUCGACAAUGUCUUCCCUACUACGCAAUCACCGGGAGCCCAAACCAUUGGACUCCCAUCCGAUUUAAGGACGACGAUUAAAGCCCAGGUUGCCAACCCCGCGGUUCCCAAGCGUGGCUUCAACUUCUGGGAGAACAUGCCACACGAGAUGCGCGUGCACAUCUUCUCCUAUCUAUCACCCAAACAGCUUGUACGAGCUUCACGAGUUAGCAAGACUUUCCACAAGAUCUGCUUUGAUGGGCAGCUUUGGACGUCUUUUGACGCCACGGAAUUUUACCAAAUCAUCCCUGCCGAAUCUCUUGCAAGAAUCAUCGUAGCCGCUGGGCCCUUCAUCAAGGACCUCAACCUCAGGGGCUGCGUUCAGGUCGAACACUAUAAGAGGGCCGAGGUAGUCGUCAAGGCCUGCAAGAACUUAGUCAACGCGACGCUCGAGGGAUGCCGCAACUUCCAGCGCAACACGUUACACAGCCUGUUGAGAACGAACGAUAAGCUCGCUCAGCUCAAUUUGACUGGUUUGACAGCGGUUACCAACAUGUCGUGCAAAAUCAUUGCCGAGUCAUGUCCGCAGCUGGAGAUGUUCAACGUCUCAUGGUGCGUACAUAUGGACGCGAGAGGUAUCAAGGCAGUAAUCGAAGGGUGUCCGAGGUUGAAGGAUUUGAGAGCGGGAGAGGUCAGAGGAUUCGACAAUCUCGAGGUCGCCGAAACGAUAUACAAGACGAACAGGCUGGAAAGACUGGUUCUGAACGGCUGUGCCGAGCUCAACGACCGCGCGCUCAAGGUCAUGGUUCACGGCGAAGACCCCGAAAUCGAUAUCCUCACCGACCGACCGAUCGUUCCCCCGAGGAAAUGGCGUCAUCUCGACCUCAGCCGCUGCGCCCGUCUGACUUCCCAGGGCGUCAAGGCUCUGGGAUACAACGUCCCGGAACUCCAGGGCCUGCGCCUGUCCGGCUGCACCGCUCUCACGGACGCCGCGCUGGAGCCAAUCUUCGCAUCGACUCCGCGCCUCACACACAUUGAGCUCGAAGACCUCUCCGACCUCACAAACGCCCUCUUCUCAGAACACCUGGCCAAGGCACCCUGCGCGCCGUGGCUGGAGCACCUCUCCAUCAGCUACUGCGAGAACCUCGGCGACAGCGGCGUCCUCCCCAUCGUCAAGAACUGCGUCAGCCUCCGGGCUAUCGAUCUCGACAACACCCGCAUCAGCGACCUUGUCCUCGCCGAGGCGGCCUUCAUGGUCAGCAACCGCUCCCAGAGCAACGCCGUCAAGCCAAAACCCAAGGUCGGCCUGCACAUGGUCGUCUACGACUGCCAGAACGUCACCUGGACCGGCAUCCGCGAGGUCCUCUUCCGCAACGCGCAGUCCAAGCCGUCCAUGGCCGAGAUUGGCAAGUUCGCCUACGCGUCCGAGGCCAUUGGCCUCAAGUGCUUUUACAAGUUCCAGAUGACCGUCGACGAGCACAUGAAGCGCGUGCUCCGCGGGGACCUCGCUGCCGCCAACCGCCUCGAGCACCGGUGGGCCGAUUACAUGCAGGCGAGCGAGGAAGCCGGGACCACGGGCGCCGGUCACCGCCGGCGCAGACGAAGAGCGAGGGAGGCGCAAAUGUUGCAUGCCGACGAGGAGGAGGGCGGUAACGGCGGUCGGAGGCGGGGUCGAACCGUCGGGGCGUGCACGAUUAUGUAG